UGAUCGGCAACCAUCAUUGCCCUGUCUGAAUUGGAACUGGAUUUCUAGUUCUAAGCCUCGGUUAGAGGUCAAAAGGCAUAAAUUGAAGAGGGUCUUCCGAUAAAACCACUCACUUACCAUGAGGAUGUCUUUGAGCCAACAUAUAUUUCAUUUUACGAUCCUGGGGGCCCUUUGGGGGGCCUUAGUCUUGUCUAAAAGUCUCGAAGUGACAGAAAAAAACGAGGAUAAGAAAGAAGCCAAGUUCAGUUUCAUGAACUACAAGUUGGUGGAUGUCAUUCCUAAAGAUCAGAACCAAUUGAAAGACCUCCGAACACUCGAGUCCAUCAACGUGGUGGGUGUUGAUUUUUGGGCUGAACCUGCCCAGGUGGACCAAACCAUAAGUUUGUCAGUCGAACCCGAGGUCUAUAAAACCUUGGAAAAUUUCCUCGACCAACGAAAUAUUCAACACAACACGAAAGUGACCAACCUGCAAGAGCUGAUCGACGAUGAAAUGAAAAGCAUCCUCAAAGAAGACUUGGAUGAUUUUGGUUACCGGGAUCCCAGCUUGUCUUACUAUGACGCCAAGAGCUACAACCGCUUGAACCAGAUCACGACCCACCUCCGUGAAAUUCAAAAGCAGGAUGAUAGCCAAUCCAUGAGCAUUUCCUCAAUUGGAACCACCUUUGAAGGACGCCCAAUUGAGAUGGUGACAUUGUCCAGAUCCGAAGACUCAGCCAAAACAGAUAAGCCCAUCAUCUGGAUGGAUUGUGGAAUCCAUAGUCGAGAAUGGGUUUCGCCUUCGUUUUGUAUUUUCACGAUCAAAGAGCUUCUGGCUGAGGGGGAAGCUGGACUUUUGAGGAAAUUUGACUUCUUCAUCGUUCCCGUGGCGAAUCCGGAUGGUUAUGUCUAUUCCUGGGACGUUAAUCGAAUGUGGCGAAAGAAUCGACGAACCCCAGCAGCCAUGAUGCUCAGAAGCGGGGAUGAUCAAGUUUCAGUGGAAAUACAAAAGACGAGAAGAUCCUUGGAGGUCAUUGAUUACAAUUUGGACGAAGAGUUAGGCAUUGAAGGGGGCUUUCUGAGCACGGAGGCCGAGACCAAGUUCACCAAAGACAACAUCUCAUUGAAGCAAUUCUGGCCAGGAUCAGUUUUUCCUGGCUUUCCCCAAGCACCCCAAUCAGGUGGAUUUCCCUCUUGGGGUGGAUCCGGAAAUCAAUGGUCGCAAUCAGUUCAAUCCAAUCCAAAAUGUACAGGAGUCGAUCCAAACCGCAAUUUCGAUAUUGCAUGGGCAAAAGUCGGAUCAUCGAACUCAAUAUGCCAGGACACUUUCCAUGGGCCCAAGGCGUUUUCAGAGGCAGAAACAGUGGCCAUUCGAGACAUUAUUCUGAAUACUCAAACAAGUGGACGUGAGUUUGCCUCUUUUCUUUCCGUUCAUGCAUAUUCGCAAUUCUGGAUGUCUCCCUAUGGUUUUAAGAAAAUUCGCUCAAGUGACUACUUUGAUCAAUCUCGAGUUAUGAAGAAAGCUGUGGAAGCUUUGAGGCAAGUUUAUGGCACAUCCUUCCAACAUGGUCCCAUAAACGAAGUGAUUUAUCUGGCUUCUGGAAGUAGCGUGGAUUGGGCUUAUGAGAAGGCUGGAAUCAAUUAUUCUUAUGCAUUGGAAUUGCGGGACCAGGGAAAAUAUGGGUUUCUUCUCCCAGUGGAUCAAAUUGAGCCCACAAACACAGAAACGUAUGCCGGCUUGAAAGCCAUGGGUUGGGAGAUUGCCAAGGAAUACUCAUGAAGGGCAAUUAUCUGUUCAAUUCUCGUGAUUAUGAUGGUAUUCGAUUCUGUGAAUGUUGAUACAAAAAGGAUAAACUCAAAUUAGAAUGUUACCAGUUCACAUUCGGCUUCGGACUUGCACAUUCAACCACUCUAGUUUUAAAAGUAACCUUUUUUGUAAUUUGGGUGCUAGGGUGGGAGUGAUGAACCUAGCCCGGCCAGCAAAGCUAGCCAUCCCAUCGUCCAUUUCCAAAUUCCGUUUAGGCAGAUUCAUGUCUGGUAUCAGUUUUUGGUUCGCCCUCUGUGGGUGUGGUUAGCGUCUAAAAGUUACCUUUGAGAUAGGUGGGGGAGGAGUUUCUGAACGGGAGACCUCUCUUAUUAUAGGAAAUUGUGUUAACCACUGUGCUACGCGACACUAUUGUAAUCUUAAUCCGUUUUUUUUUUUAUUUUUGAGGAAUGACUAAAGUCUUGCAAAUAUGAAUUAGCAUUUCAUCAUUAAAGUUGUUUGUUGAUACAUUGUCAAGUCUCAAACCCAUCAACAUCUACUUUUCUCU